AUACAAAUUACUGGAAUCGCUCCUAUAAAAAUACCUACACUCGGAACAGUCCAAGUAAAAGUAAAUGAAAAACCUGUAACUUUUCAAGUUGUCCCUUCUGAUUUUCCUUUACAUUCCGAUGGUAUAUUAGGCCGAGAGUAUCUGAGGCAAGAAAAGGCUGAAAUUUCUUUUUGGCAUAAUUCCAUUGUGACUCAUACAAACCCAAUUGACCCCAUGUUUUUCCAAGAUGUAGAAUCAAUCAAAUUUAGAGAAAACUUAGUAGAAAAUAAGGAAAAUAAAAGAAGAGGAUUAACCAUCAAAGCCAGGGGAAGACAAGUAAUACCUAUAGAAGUGUCAAAUGACGAAGUAAAAGAAGGUUACUUACCAUUAAUUAAAACAGAUGACGGAAUAAUAAUAGGAGAAGGGAUAGUAUCUAAUAAUAAUGGACUUUGCCAUAUUUUUGCAAUAAACACUACUUUAGAAGACGUAGAAAUAGAAAUUCCACCUCAAGAACUCAUUCCUUUUGAAUAUUAUCCACUACCAGGAGAAGAAACAGACGAAGAAUCUUCAGAUGAAGACUACGAACAACCAAUAGAUAGAAUUUCAGCUAUAAUUAAUAACUUAAGAUUAGAUCAUCUAAAUGCUGAAGAACAAGAACAUGUUAAAGACAUAGUAAGAGAGUUUCCUGAAAGUUUUCACUUAACAGGCGAACCUUUAAAUCCAACUAACAAAGUAAAACACAAAAUUAUAACUAUAGAUGAAAUCCCAAUUCAUACUAGACCAUAUAGAUUCUCUCCAGCUCAAAAAGAAGAAAUAGACAAGGUUAUAGACCGAAUGACAUCAGAAGGAGCAAUAAAGCCUUCUUCUUCACCUUAUAACUCUCCACUACUCAUCAUACCUAAGAAAAUAGAUGGAACUGGAAAAAAGAAAUGGAGAAUAGUAAUUGAUUUUAGAGCCCUUAAUGAAAAGACCGUAGGUGACUUUUAUCCACUACCUCAUAUCACUAGCGUGAUCGAUUCAUUAGGCCAAGCACAGUAUUUCUCGGUUUUUGAUUUAGCAAGUGGAUUUCAUCAAAUAGAAUUAGAUCCAGACGAUAGACAGAAAACUGCCUUUUCAACAGUACACGGACAUUACGAAUACGUACGAAUGCCUAUGGGAUUAAAAAACUCUCCAGCGACAUUUCAAAGAUUAAUGGACCAAGUAUUACUUGGACUACAAGGUGUAGAAUUAUUUGUUUACUUAGAUGACAUAGUAAUCCACGCCGAAAAUUUACAAGAACACGGCACAAAAGUAAAAAGAUUAUUACAAAGAUUAAAAGAAGCUAAUUUAACAUUACAACCGGAAAAAUGCGAAUUCCUGUGUAGAGAAGUAGCAUAUUUAGGACACAUAAUUAGUAGUGAUGGUGUCAAACCCAAUCCAAAAAAGAUAGAAGCAGUAGAACACUUUCCAACACCAAAAACACCCAGAAACGUAAAACAAUUUCUUGGUCUUGCGGGCUACUACAGAAGAUUUAUAAAAGACUUUUCAGCAAAAGCAAAACCACUUUCAAAUUUAUUGAAAAAGAACGUAAAGUUCGAAUGGGGACCAGAACAAGACGAAAGUUUUAAAGAAUUAAGAUCAAAUUUAUGCAAGAGCCCUAUAUUACAAUAUCCUGAUUAUGAUAAAAUAUUUACGAUAACAACAGACGCUUCAGAUUUUGCAAUAGGCGCCGUUCUUAGUCAAGAUAAAGAUGGGAUAGAUCUACCUAUAGCAUAUCUUUCCCGAGUGUUAAACACGCCUGAACAAAAUUAUUCCACAACUGAGAAAGAAUGUUUAGCUGUUUUAUAUGCAGUUAAUCAUUUUAGACCCUACAUUUACGGUAAAAAGUUCAUAUUAGUUAGUGACCACGAGCCAUUAAAGUGGAUUAAUUCAAUAAAAGACCCUGGACAACGAUUAGUUAGAUGGAGAUUGAGAUUAAGAGAUUAUGAGUAUGAAUUUAAUUAUAAACCCGGAAAAUUAAAUCAUAACGCAGACGCUUUAUCUCGAAAUCCUAUUGAAUCCAUACCAGAGGAAUCAAAUGCAAGAAAACAAGCAAGAAUUUUAAUACAAACAAGACAAUCAAAAAAUUCUCAAAUACCUACAGCUCCAUCCACAAGUUCAGGAGUUGCUAGCACUUCAACACAAAAGAAGAGAAAUCUUCGACAACCAACAAAAAUUAAAAGUAUAAUUAAACCCACCAAGAAAUUAGCUACAGAUACAAAAAUAUUAGAGAAAAGCACAAUAGGACAACGUGUCUCUCAACGAAAUAAAACACAACCACGAUCUACAAAAACCAAGGUUAUAGACAACACUUCAUCAAGUUCCGAUUCAGAUGAAAAUGAGAAACCGCCUAUUUGUAAAAAGAGCACUAGCGUUUUACCUAGUCUUAUUAUACCUACACCUCUCUAUGACCCAUAUGCUCCAAAAAGCGCACCACCCAUUGCACCUUUUGAACAUCAUGAAUUAAUUGUAGAACCAAUAACAGCGAAUAAAGAAAUAGUAAAAAUAGUAAGUCCACCUAUAAGUGGAAGUGAAGACAGUUCUUCAGAAGAAGACCAUCAAACUCCAAUAUCAAGGAAGGAAAUAGGAAAAGAAUUAGAAAAGUCAAUUGCUCUAUUUGAUGAAUCAAUAGCUAGACAUGAAGAUUGGUUAAUGGAAAAAGAAUUACCACCAAGAGAUUGGCGUAAUGCUUCUGUUGGAGAUGAUGAUCCUGAAAUUCACGAAGCAGCAAAUGAAUAUAUAUCUGGGAAUCAUUCAGAAUUUGCAGAAAAACUAAACGAAAUUUUGAAAAAUGCUCAUAAAGACAUACAAGAAUUAACUGAUAUGAUCCAAAGUAUUGAAAAUGAAAAUGAAACCGAAAAGAAACAAACUACAGAAAAUGUCAACAAGGGUAAAAAUGUAACUUUCGUAGAUCAACCAAAGAGAUCGAUAACACCUUUAAGCUUCGAUCGACCUCUCGCAAUAUCAACACCCUUCACACAUCCAACAAUACCAGAAGAAACGUCUUCAUCAGAAGAAGAAAAUACAGAUGAUCAAUCGACAAUUAAUGAGUCUGUAAAGGAACAAACAACAAAGUCGAAAAUAAAAACAUCUAUUGAUAGUAUUCCUCCAGAUAUCUCAAAUACUAUGGCCAACAAAUUAGAAAGUUCAACAUCAAAUAUACUUAGUUGCAGAGAGAACUUAACCUACUAUCGAAGCAACUACGUUCAUUUUCUGUCUGCCGACUGUGAAUUUAUCACACCAAUCGGAAGAUUGCUCAUUGAUAUCGGAGCUAUCGAUCCACAAGAAAUAAAAUUAAAAAAACCACAAAAAGGACAAAUAUUAAUCACCCCUCGAGGACAGUAUAACAUUUAUACCUUAAUAAUAAAACACAAUCACUUUGAUCCAUUAUUAAAAGAUGAUGUUUCCAAUGCCCUACAAAAUUUAAAAUUCAUUUUACAACAAGAAAAUUCAAAAGAAUUGAGAAUUUCCAGAAGAAAUGAUCUAACAGAUGAAUUAAUGAGAGGAGGAUUAAUACAAAUAUUAAAUACAAUUUUCCAAAAUAGUAACAUAAAGGUUACUGUAUGUUAUGGUCAGGUUACUAUUCCAAAAGAAGAAAUUCGCGAAGAUAUAAUCAAGGAAUACCAUAAUAGCAAAAUAGGAGGACAUAAAGGAGUCACAAAAACUUAUCGAAGAAUACGUGAAAAAUUCUUUUGGCCUGGUAUCAAAGACCAAGUAACAGAAUUUGUUAGAAAAUGUCCAACUUGCCAAGAACAAAAACUAGUACGCGUAAGAACAAGAGAACCAAUGUUAAUUACGGAUACACCACUAGACGUUUUUGACAAAGUCUCAUUAGACACAGUAGGAAAACUUCCUACAACGCCUGACGGUAAUUGUCACAUACUUACCAUGCAGGAUCAUUUAUCAAAAUAUUGUAUGGCAGUAGCAAUCCCUGAUGUUUCAACUACAACAAUAGCACACGCAGUAGCUGCAGAAUUAUUCUCUAAAUACGGAGCCCCUAAAACAAUUCUAACGGAUAAAGGAGGAGGAUUCAUAAGUAAACUAAUGAGAAAAUUAUCAAAAAUCUUUGGAGUACAACAAGUAACAACUUCAGGAUAUAGACCUCAAACAAACGGCAGCUUAGAAAGAAGCCACAUAGUCCUUAUAGAUUUUCUAAAACAAUAUUCCAAAAAUUAUGACGAUUGGGACAAACUACUACCAUUUUGCAUGUUCGCCUAUAACACAUCCGUUCAUGAGGCAACAAACUUCACUCCUUUCGAAUUAGUAUUUGGAAAAACAGCCAGAACCCCUAGCUCCUUUCCCCCAGAAGAAAAACUAGAAACGUACGGUUCAUAUUUAGUAGAAUUAAUAUCUAGAUUAACGGAAAUAAAAAACAUGGCUGCGAAAAAUCUCAUUCAAUCUAAAUUAAAUUCAAAAGAAAAUUACGAUAGGAAACUUAAACCCUUUUUAGGAAAAAUAGGAGAUAAAGCUUAUGUCCUAAGGGAAGUCAAGAAAAGUAAAUUCGAGCCAUAUUAUCACGGACCUUACGAAAUUGUGGAUAUCUUAGACAAACAUACCGCAAUUUUAAUCACCAAUGAGGGUCAAAGAUUUCAAAAACACAUAGACAAACUAAAGCUUGCUUACGAAUAAGAAUAAUAACACAAUUUUAUGUUUUUAGAUGGCAGAAAUGGUAUUAACAUCACCUCCCCUACAAGGAGAAUUAAUCUUAAUUGAUAUAUUCCCAAAGGGAAACAUCGAUGAAAUAGAAUUUCCUAAAGGAAUUCUCGAAGAACUGGCCUCUGAAUACAACCUUAAUAAACCUAAAUAUUCAAUUAAACAUGUAACAGGUCCCCCUAAUAACAGACGAUAUGAUGUAGAAUGUGUAGUUACUGAUCUAAUUAAUAACAAUGUUUUCACAGCAAGUACUAGAAACAUGAGAAAAAUAAAAGAUGGUGAACACACCACUGCGCGUAAAAUAUUAAAACUUCUAAACAGAACUUAUUAUUUCUCUGAAGAAGAAAAAGAACCAAAUUCCAAAGGAAAAACUUAUGUCAUGUGUCAAGAAGACACUUCAAUUUUAAAAAUCAAAUUAUUCAAAUGGACUAACUGCUGUGAACUAUGCUAUCAAAGAGGUCAUGUUAAAACACAAUGUAACGGUCCCUUCAGGAAUAAAAAAUUAUUCCCAAACUCUCAUACAAAAUUAAUAAAUAAUGAUGAAUUCUGGGAAAUCCCUGGAAAACCAAUUACUCUAAAACAAGAAAACUGGGAGAUUCCAGAAUCCGCGAAAACGGAACAAAAAAAAGAUUCCUGGGAUUUCCCAGAAGCUUUCUUUGAUUAAUUAAUGUUAAAAUUACAACAAAGAAUGGCAACUAGUAAAAAAAAAAAAAAAAAAAAAAAAAAAAAAAA